AUGCCUCCUCAUCCGAAAUCAGCAAACCCCCGGAGCCGCCGUAUUGAAGAUGCUCUUUCGCAGCUAGUUGAUUCCCUUCUACCUCCCAGCCCUCACAUUCUUGACGAUGAUACCGGCUCUGAAUCGUAUCGCGACGGCCACGCACAGACAGAAGCUGCAGAGAGGGAUGAGCUUCGGCAUCAGCUUGCACUAGAGAAUGCCUGGCGCAUUAUAAGGAAUUAUGGUAGUGGUAACAAGAAUCAACCUGGAUCAAGCGCUGAGGUCUCCGCUGAGGUGAUCAACAAUGCCCCUGACCUGAUCAAGCGCAGAUUGUUGAAAGUGAACACAACACCGGAUAAAGCCGUUCGAUUCUCCAACCUGUACUCGCGGCUUCUUACCCAGCCUGUUUUAAGCCAGAAAUGGGCUAUCCUAUAUUUACUCUACCGCAUCGGAGAACGAGGUGGUGAUGCAGACCAAAGGGAUGGAAACCUGCUACGAGAAGGAGCCCGAAGCCCGUUACUCGACGAGCGCCAGCUGGAUUAUAUGUCGAUGAAGGAUAAAUUUGGGGUAAGAAGAACGAAUGUCCCCGAGAGUAUUAAUCCCGGAUCUUCAGCUUCUGCAAUUGGAAGAGAAGCAUCGCCUAUCGAGCUGAACCAAUCCCAACGAGAGUGGAGGGAUCCAAACCUUCCUAAACAACCAGAGCGUAAACGGAAAAUUGAAGAUGACCCAAAACCAUCAGGAUCAGCCGUGAGAAACAUAGACGAUUUCAUUCCUGCCGAACAACCAAGCCAGGAACCAGAGGCCCCCGUUCAAGAAAUUACAUUGGUCAAGCCAUCCGAGCCAGAAAUCCUUCGUGACCUUCCGUUCUUCCUACAGGGACUGUCGACAACGAACCUGGAGUUCUCGGCUCAGUCUGUUCUAAAACUUCCAAGAACGCUGCCUACCCCUAUAGUUUCCCUCCUCCACACACUUGCUGAGCCAUGCCUAUUAUAUCGAGGAUUAUCCAAAUUUGUGGAACAGGCUGAAGGUGGUUUGAUUGAACAGAGCUUAAGAGCAGCUGUAGGCAGCGAACUGCGCUCGUACCUGGGCUUGGUAGCGAGCUUGGAAGGAGAAAUAAGGAGAGCUCUAACUGCAGUUUCGCAAGAUUCGGCCGAUCAGAAAACAGUCAUGGGAGCUGGAGUAACUCUAAAAAGAUGCGUUAUAUGGGUAAAAGAUGCCACUCUUGCACUGCGACUGAUGAGUUUAAUGGUAGAGGAAGCUCAGAAUAAAAGAGGAGGACAACUGAUAUCCAUGAUUCAUGAAUUCUCGACUUCACACGGUGACCCAUUUGUUGGUGCAUAUGCCGAGCGGCUCUUGACUCAUGUAACACGGCCUUUUUACAAUAUGCUUCGGCAAUGGAUAUACGAUGGUGAACUAUCGGACCCCUACAACGAAUUCUUUGUCGUGGAGCCAGAAACUCGACCGGACAUUGACCCACGGCGAGCGGCAACGAGCGUUUGGGACGAGAAAUAUAAGUUGGACAGUGACAUGGUCCCAACUGUCAUGACACAUGAUUUCGCAAAAAAGGUGUUUUUGAUUGGAAAGUCGCUCAAUUUCAUUAGGUAUGGAUGUGGUGAUUCGGCGUGGGUUGUGGCAUACUCUCGUGAAUCGUCAAAAACACUGCAGUAUGGCGACACUGCUACCCUUGAAACUUAUAUUGAUGAGGCAUAUAAAACGACAAUGGCCCGUCUCAUCUUCCUGAUGGACACUAAGUUUAAGCUGUUUGACCAUCUCAAAGCUCUGAAGAAAUAUUUGCUGCUCGGCCAGGGAGACUUCAUCGCACUGCUUAUGGAAAGUCUAGCUUCAAAUCUUGAUCGACCUGCUAACUCCCAGUAUCGCCAUACCUUGACUGCCCAACUCGAACAUGCUAUACGGUCUUCCAAUGCCCAGCACGAUUCCCCUGAAGUAUUGAGGCGCCUAGAUGCGCGCAUGCUCGAGCUUAGUCAUGGCGAAAUUGGCUGGGAUUGCUUCACGCUAGAGUAUAAGAUCGAUGCUCCAGUAGAUGUCAUAAUUACCCCUUGGGCCUCGACGCAAUACCUCAAAGUAUUCAAUUUCCUUUGGAGGGUGAAGAGGGUCGAAUUUGCACUCGGGAGCACCUGGCGACGGUGCAUGACUGGUGCAAGAGGGGUAUUAGGGGGCGUUGACGAUAAACUUGGAGCAGACUGGAAAAAAGCUCGGUGUGUUAUUGCUGAGAUGAUACAUUUUGUUUGUCAACUUCAAUAUUAUAUUUUAUUCGAAGUCAUCGAAGCAAGUUGGGAUCAGUUGCAAGUUGCCAUUUCCAAACCGGGAUGCACCUUGGACGACCUCAUUGAAGCGCACACAAAAUACCUUAAUUCUAUCACCCACAAAGGCCUGCUAGGCUCUUCAUCAACCUCAUUCUCGCGAUCCGCUGGGAGCAAAGAGGAUUCUUUUCUCUCUCAACUUCACCAAAUACUCAAAGUGAUGCUUGCCUACAAAGAUGCAGUGGACGGUUUAUACUCCUUCUCCGUUGCAGAAUUCACCCGCCGACAGGAGCUGAACGCAAAGAUUGAACUCCGCACAGCACAAGGUCGAUGGGGUGUCACUGAUAAGGAUGCACAAGAACCAGCUACGCGCCCAAGCAGAUCGGGUUCCACUCGGAGAGUAGACUCCCCUGCUUUUGGAACCAUUGAUGUGCCGCCAAACCAGAAAAGAUGGUGGACCGCGGAUCCGAAUACACCAGGGACACCUCUUCCCAGUGGUGACGCAAUUUUAGGGAGCGAAGAUCACCUACUACCCUCUCUACGUGAGCGUUUACGUGAACUAUCCUCAGACUUCCGCGUGCGCCUAGUCACCCUGCUCGGUGACCUAGCGUACCAACCCGACGUCGACAUGCGUUUCCUAGGAGUAGUGAUGAAUUUUAAUGAUGUAUAUCAAGUUACCAGGAGAAGACGCGGAGUUUCCUCUCGGGAUAAGAGGAAAGGCACAAGUAAUCCUAGCGGGGAGUCGACUGUGGACAGGGACCAGGAGAAAGCUGCGGGCGUUUCAUGA